AUGGCGUGGCGGCUGUGGAAUCGGCAAGACGCGUCUUACUCUGUCGGCGACUGCGGCGUCAAUCCACCAAGACAUGCAGAGUCGCUGCGCCUGCCCGAUGGGGAUUCAGGGUUUGGUGGCACAGAGGAGGAGGACACGGAAAUCGAGAUGCUGACACGACGACAGCAGACAACAGCAGAUGUGAUCAUGUUGAUCAUGUCGGGGAUGGAACACCAACGAAGGCGGAGGCGACACAGGCAGCCAGCCGAUGUGCAGUUCAAGCCCUGGAUCUGGCAGACUGCAGGUGCGACGCCACGCUGCUCGACCACGCUGCUCGACCUCGCACAGCUGGAGCUGGAAGCAAUCAAUACUCGCGCUCUUGUAGAGGAUAUUCCAGUCGACAUUUACAACCGACCGACCGCCUAUUUUGGAACCAAGUCCGCCUUGGAACCACGCAUCUGGGACCACACACGCGCCGCCCUGCAACUGUUGCUGGCGGCUAUCGUCGUCUACUGUGCUCACCAGGAGCGCUAG